AUGGCCAUGGGCCCCACCACCCUUGCCAGCGCCCACAUCACCAGAGACCCCCCUCCCCUCACUCGACUUCCAUUGUGGGGGCUGGGCACUGAUCUCCGUGUCUCUCCCGCAGUGGGUGGGCAUGUGGACUUUGAGGACUUUGUGGAGAUGAUGGGGCCGAAGCUGCGUGAGGAGACAGCCCACAUGGUGGGGGUGCGUGAGCUCAAGAUUGCCUUCCGUGAGUUGGACAGGAACGGGGACGGGGAGAUCAGCAGCACAGAGCUGAAGGACGCCCUCCUGGCCCUGCUGGGGGAGCAGAUCCCGCUGCUGGAGGAGAUCCUGCGCGAUGUUAACCUCAAUGGGGACGGCCAUGUGGACUUUGACGAGUUUGUGAUGAUGUUGUCCUCCCGCUAA